AUUCAUCGUCAGCAGUGUAUGCCACUAUAUAGCCUAUCGGUGUAUGCAAGUUAGUUUCAGACUGAAUAUCUUCCGCUUCGAACGUGUAAUCAAAACAUGCGAGUUGCGUUUUUUAAUCCGCUCCACGAAUCUCCGAAAAAUUGACAAUACUGUUCAGUAACUAUUUCGAGUAGCGUUUUAUUUUUCAACAACCCAAGAUGUCUUAUCAACUUUAUCGCAACACGACAUUAGGGAAUACUUUACAAGAGAGUUUGGACGAGCUGAUUCAGUAUGGUCAAAUCACUCCAGGAUUGGCAGUAAAAGUUUUAUUGCAAUUUGACAAAUCCAUUAACCAAGCUUUAGCUACUAGAAUCAAGUCUAGACUUACUUUUAGGGCAGGGAAAUUAAACACUUACAGAUUUUGUGAUAACGUGUGGACUUUCAUGUUAAAUGAUGUUGAGUUCAGGGAAGUGCAAGAAGUAGCGAUUGUUGAUAAAGUAAAGAUAGUAGCAUGUGAUGGUAAAAUUGCAGAUCCAGAACUUGCACCAAAGCGAUAGACUAUGUUUCUAUUAAAAUCAUAAAAUAAAUAUAUCAUAAUAUUUGGAUUCAUAAGUAUACCUUAGGUUAAGGUUUUAAGUAUAAUGUAUUUUAUUUGAAAUUUGAAUUAAAUAUGAAUAAAAACUUAAAAUGUAUUGAGCUAUAAAAAUUUA